AUGCGCUGGAACCUAUCUUCGGCAAAGACGCUGCCUCAGGCAUCCCCUCGCUCAUUUCGAUUCAGCAAGAGCUAUACAGGCGGUGUCCAGAGUAUUCUGGACCGUCAGACCGCAUGCGGAAAGCCCAUCGAUCUUGCCUGGCUGCUCGACGCCAGGCGCCAUCACGAUACUAUCACGAUCGACACCCUUGAAGUCGACUCGGCUCAGGACCUUUUAUUGCUUAUGCAGUAUGAACAGCCGACUGAUCACCCUGAAGCGAGGGGUAUCACGGUCUAUCCUGUCCAGCUAUCGCGAAGCGCAACAACUGCACAUGGGGUAUCUCAGACACAUCAUCUUGCACGCAAAGCCAGCAUCUUUGCGGAAUGGGAUGGCGACCGCCCUGCCGAGGGACAGCCCUCGUUGGAAGUAGAGCUGCACUUGUGCGGUGAUCACUUCGCGCUCUUCGUUCUCUAUACCGAAAGCCCACGCGUGUUGAUCUAUAAUUGGAAAACCGGCAAGGAAGUCGCUGCGGUCGACACCGACGCUCGCUAUUCUGACGCGACCUCAAAGAUGCUUGUCGAAGAUUUUCCACUCUGUCUGCAUCAGUUCACAUGGAUCACACCUCGAGUCUUCAUGCUUGGUAGCAUCCAACAACAGACUUGCGAAGAUGCAGUGGAUUGCCUAUACAUCUACGAACUGAGUGGUGACAAGGGAGAGCCCCUUUCGCGCAGCGUCAUGCUCGAACUUCCACGCUGGAAAUCUAAACUCGGCGAUCAGGCAGUGUACAAGGAACUCACCAUCCAGACCGGCUCGUGGAACGAGGAUAUCUAUCCCGGCGCCCUCUCUGGCAACGUGUUCCGGCGCGUCACCGUCGUGCAUGACGAGUGUAUGGGAAACAAGCCUGAACACGUAUACCAUAUCUUCUACGUCCUUCGCAACGAUCUUCUGCUUCAGACCCUUGCACAGCAUAAUCGACAGCAACUACCUUGGGAACAAUGGGGUUGGACGUGUGCGCGGGCUUUCGCCGAGGGAUCGAUCAGAAUGAACGCUUCAGUAGAUUUGGAAAUUCAGGUUUUUGGACCGCAGGUCAUGAUGACCCAAUCAAAGCACGCCCAGCAGACCAGAAAUGUCACAGUUCUGGACUUCGACCAAGCAGGUCUUGACCCGCGUCUAACUGGUCAUGUUAGGAUGCAGGGCAGUGCGACCAAUGUCGCUAUGUUCGAGAAUGAUUCAGUCUGGAGCGCUCUUCCGUAUCGUAGGAUCCCAAUCUAUGGGCCAAUCGGCAGCAAUGGAAAGCUGUUCCUGCGUGCUGAUGGGGUCUUGUACACGCGAUCGAACAGUGAUAACUGGUGGACAAAUGCCGUCGUCCUGCCAGCGCAGGUCGAGCUUCCUCCAGUAGCGUAUUCGACAGGAGCGGUACUUGAUCAGUAA